CCUGGUUUUGUGGAAACAGGAUAUUCGAAGGGGAUGUGGGUUGCUGGCGGUGUUGAGGAAGGAAGUUGCUGCGACGGCGAGCAGAAAUUAUAUUAAGUUGGAAACUUCCUUUAUCAUCACAAGGGUUGAAGAGAGUCUCCUCCUACGUGUUCUGAGCACUUUUCAGUGUGUCCUGUUGCCGACUGUCGAAAAGCAUCUGCUGAAUGCACUUACUGACCACUCGUCUUGCUUGGAUGAAGACGCCUUCGAGAUUAGUGAUGCCGAAAAAAGGCUAGCGGAAAAAAGGCUAGCAACGUCAAGCGCACUGCUAAAACAAGUC